CCUCAGGUCCAGUGUUCUCCGUCGCACUGAUGUGACUGUCUCGCUGCAGGGCCUGCGCUCGGCCGGGUGGAGGGGGACCUGGGUGGCCGGACUGGCGGGAGAGCGUUACCCUUCCUGGGGCUUAACCCUGGCCGCCCGAGGGGGAAGCAGCCGCGAGUACGCGGGCGGCAUGGCGGGCGCUCGGGACGAGCGCGGGCCAGGCCCCGAGGCGGGACAGCAGCUGCCGCAGCCACAAGUCGCGUGCCAGGUCUUCCCCGAGCGGCUGGCUCAGGGGAGGUCCCAGCAAGGCUUCCUCUCCAGCUUAUUCACCGACAACCGGAAGUGCCAGCGCAUGCUCCUGGAGACCCUGGAGACCAAUCCGUAUGUCAAACUUUUACUUGAUGCCAUGAAGCACUCGGGUUGCGCUGUUAACAAACAAAGACACUUUUCUUGUGAAAACUGUGAUGGAAAUGUCAGCGGAGGUUUUGAUGCUUCAACAUCUCAGAUUGUUUUGUGCCAGAAUAACAUCCGCAGCCAGGCGCACAUGAACAGAGUGGCCACCCACGAGCUCAUUCACGCCUUCGAUCACUGUCGUGCUCAUGUCAGCUGGUUCACCAAUGUCAGGCAUUUGGCCUGCUCAGAGGUUCGAGCUGCCAACCUCAGUGGAGACUGCUCACUUGUAAAUGAAAUAUUCAGGUUGCAUUUUGGAUUAAAACAACACCAUCAGACUUGUGUGCGAGACAGAGCCAUUCUUUCUAUCCUGGCUGUUAGGAAUAUCAGCAAAGAAGUAGCUCAGAAGGCUGUUGAUGAAGUUUUUGAAUCUUGUUUCAAUGACCAUGAACCUUUUGGAAGGAUCCCACAUAAUAAGACUUAUGCAAGAUACGCUCAUAGAGACUUUCAAAAUCGUGAUCGGUAUUACUCAAAUAUAUAAGACAAUGAUAUUUUAUAUUAUAGAGCUUCACUUAUCAUGAAGGGAAUAUGGUUCUUAAGUGGACAAAUGUAUAAAAUAUAAAUGACCAAUUAAAUACAGAUGAAACACAGAAGAUGCUGAAUCUGGCAUAUGAUCAGGAAAAGUGUAAAAAAAGAAACUGCCUUAAACUCCAAGGCAAAAUUUGUAACUUUAUAGGUAACUUUGGUAAAUAAGGGAAAUAAACUACAUUUUUGUAUUUUC